UUGGCUCAAGUUACAAUUUCCUUGGCUCAAGUUACAAUUUCCUAUAUCGAAACGUACGUUCUUCAUGCGUCAUCAAAUGCACUCACUCGCGCUGGCCUUGGCCGCUUGGGCCGUGGCGGCCUGCGCGGAAGAUUGCAGCAGUUUGCUCCAAGCACGGGCGCCGGUGGCCCAGUACACCGUAGUCGAGCAGCAGGAAGAGAUUGUUUGGAACAUCGCCAGGGGGACCAACUACACGCUGCAGUUUUUCAGCGUGGUUCCGACCUUCGGCGCCGAUGGGAACUACAUCGCCUUGCUCCAUGAGUUUGACCCUGUACUCUCGAACUAUGUGGGAGAGCAUGCGUUGUACUGCUCGGAUGCCUCUGGCGUGCACAAAACACAGCUGCGCGUCUAUGGAAGGGAGAAAGGCAUCCCUGUGAGCCUGAUCUUCCACUGCGAUUGGCCGGAGGAGCAGAGCGAGUUGGAAAACUUCGAGGUCUUCUUGGAGAAUGAGGAGGGGAAGACUUUGGGGAAGGUGGCGGUGAACCACAACACGCCAUCCGCAAAGCACCAGAGUGUUGCUUGUGUGCGCGACGUUUUCAUGUUGGAUCAUCUUGGAUUGGAUCGAGUCAAUGAGACUUUGGCGUACAAACACUUGGUCGAGUGGUU